AUGUCCGGUAUACCCAUCACAUGGGAUCAGGGCUCAUCUUCGAUCGUCCCAUCACUUCCGGGAUUUCAGCAUGCAUUUGGCAUCUCCUCUGGAGCCAACCCGUCCGAAAUCGGGAAUUUCAUCUCCUUUGUCUACCUGACCGCGGGCGUGGGAUCCGGCCUGUCAUUCUUCAUAAACGAUCGCAUCGGUCGUCUCUGGUCCCUUCGCUUGUAUAUGGCCAUCUGGAUCGUCGGCCAACUUAUCGCAACCUUUUCCUAUGGUCAUCUCGGCGCACUUUAUACUGCACGUUUCGUAUCAGGACUGGGCAUCGGGCCCCUGACAGUGACCGGCCCGAUGUCCAUCGUCGAAGUUGCACCACAUGAAAUACGCGGAUUGCUGGCUACCUGGUUCAGCGUCGUCAUGCUCCUCAGCUUGACCGUCAGCUGCUUCGUUGUUUAUGCCAGCUUUUUGCAUAUCGCAACCAGCACACUGCAGUACCAGGUCGUCUGGUUCGUGCCCUGCAUCAUCAUCGCCGUCAUCAUCGUCGCGAGCUUCUUCGUAAUGUACGAGUCGCCUCGCUGGUUGAUGAUCAAGGGCAGAGAGGAAGAAGCACUACAGACCUUAGUCGCGCUCCGUGGGCUGCCAGCGGAUCACCCUCGAGUCGCCUCGGAAAUAGCAGAUAUCCGUGCUCAGAUCGAAAGCGAGCACGGCAGAUACGGUGACGCCGCCGCCGGCGGAAUGACCGCAGUUCUCAGGGAAACGUUCCUUGUGCGCGCGAACCUGCGCCGCUUGCAGCAAUCCUGCCUCUGCUACAUCCUCGCGCAGCUAUCGGGCGCCAACUCCGUGACGAGCUAUCUCGUGCCCAUCCUCACCAUGAUCGGGCAGGGCGGCAGCACCGACCGCUCCAUGUUCCUGACUGGCAUGUAUUCGAUGGCGAAGUUCUUCUACACGCUCAUCGCGUCCUUCUUCUUCGUUGAUGCGCUCGGCCGCCGCAAGUCACUCUUCAUCGGCAUCAUUGUGCAGAUGACCUCGGACAUAUACAUCGGCGCGUUUCUCAAGUACAAGCAAGCCGGCGCCGUGGCAUCAGGCGCGUCCGAGGCCGCCAUUGCCGCCAUCUACAUCCACGGUUUCGGAUACGCAGUGGGUCUCCUCGUCCUCCCCUACAUUUUUGGCGCCGAGCUGUGGCCCAACAACAUUCGCUCCUUCGGCAGCGCACUUACGCAGACCUUCCACUGGCUCUUCUACUUCGGCGUUAACAAAGGCACGCCUUCGAUGCUGUCUAGCAUGCAUAAUUGGGGUACCUUUCUCUUCUUCGCUGGAUGGUGCUUCGUUGCGCUCGUUUACGUCUUCUUCGCGGUGCCUGAGACGGCUGGUCUGAGUUUGGAGCAAUUGGAUGCACUGUUUGAAGGCCCAUUUUGGCAGAUGCGGAGCAAAGCGAAGGUUCAGCGGAAGCGGAUGGACGUUAUUGACUCACAAGAGGUAGGGGGAGUGGAGUACAUCGACCAGGAAUUUAGUGGAAAGACAGAUGUUGUUAAGUAG